GUCAGGAGAGGCGGAAGAGCUCGGCUGCCAUGUAGCUCCGAGCCGGCUCCGGGAAGGAGGAAGCGAGUCCGCUGCCCCCGUUCCGAUUUCGCCGCCCGGGAGCUCCGCGAUGCAUCCCCCAGACGCCCCGUGAGCAGCGGGCGCGCCAUGGAAGCGGCGCCGGGGCUGGGCUGGGGCUGGGCGGCGCUGGUGCUGCUUUUCGCCGCCUCCCUGCUCACCGUCUCGGCCUGGCUCCUGCAGUUCGCCCGGCGCGUAUGGCGCGGACGCGGCCAGGCGGCAGAAGCCCCGCAGAGCAAGGCGGCCUCCGCCCCCGCCAGCCUCUGGGCGGCCGUGCUGCGCCUGGGGUCGGGCCGCGAAGGCGCGGCGAGCCCCCAGGCGGCCGGGGCCCGCGGCUUGUUAACCUCUCUCUUCGCUUUCCGCGCCUUCCGCGAGAACUGGCAGCGAGCCUGGCUGCGCGCCCUCAACACCCAGGCCCGACAGCAGGGGAGCUCAGUCCAGAUCACAUUUGAGGAAAGCCCUCGGCAGCUGCCAGCUGUGACAAUCAGCCAUGUGGCCUAUACUGACCAGUCGGAUCGCAGAAUGGUGUUGCACUGCCUCCUUUCCACUGACACAGUGCAGUUCCCUGUCCUGGUCACCCAGCAGUCCCCAGCGACCGUGUCCAUGGACACCUAUUACGUCUCCUUGGCUGUGCAGCAGGCCCAGUUGGAGAUCCAUCUGGAGGAGGUGGAGGGCGAGGGGCUGCUGGUCUCAUGGGCUUUCAAAGACAGACCCGACCUGAAGCUGUCCAUUCCCCUGAGACUCCAGCCGCAUGACGAAAAUGACGGGAAGGUGGACCUGUCUGUUAUAAAGAACCUGAUUGAAGACUCCGUCAUCAGCACCCGGCCAGCCAUGAUGGUGAAUCUGAAGGCCUGCAUUGCGAAUGCCAGCGUGGACCCCAGCAGCAGGCCGUCCCAGGGCCCCGUCUCCAGCUCAGCAGUUCCCCCAAUGCCCAAGCUGCUCCUUCAGCGCCUGCGAGCUCUGCGCCUGGGCCCCCAGGAGAGUCAAGGAAAUGGGCUGCUGUGCUGCGAGGCGGAGCUGGACAGCCCUCAGCAGCGGAAGAGGACCGCACCUGUGCCAGCCAGCCCGGCUGCUGAAGUGGAGUGGCCCGGCAAGCUUGCUCUGGAGCUCGGUCCCGGGAGCAAAGAGCUGGUGCUGAGAGUGUUUGAAGGCAGCACUUCUGGGGAGGACGUGCUUCUGGGCUUUGCAGCAGUCCCCGUAGACCCCUCCUCCAAAGAGCCGCGGGGGCAGCAGCUCUACUCGCUGAGUCCAGGGGCUGCCAAGAGUCUGCCCCCAGCAGCAGCCGUUGCCGUGGAGCUGCUCCACCAGGACUUGCCAGAGUUCCAGGCUGCGUCCUCCCUGCGCGCCAGCAUCACUCCCACCAAGAAGAUUGAGAUGGGCCGUACCAUAAUGCCUGAUGGCACUAUUGUCACCACCGUCACCACCAUCCAAUCCAGGCCCAAACUGGACUGCAAGCUUGAUUCACCCUCAAGAUCUCCAUCCAAAGUGGAAGUGACAGAGAAGGUGACCACGAUGCUUCCAGAAAAUGGCUGUCCCAGCAGAGCAUCUCCCUGCAGUAGCAGGAGCAGCUGUGUGUCCAACAGCUUGGAUCCAGUGGCCGAGACAGCCAUUAGGCAGCUGACGGACCUGACCAAUAAACCCGUGAAGAAGACCCCCACCAAGCGCAGCACGCUGAUCAUCUCGGGAGUUUCCAAGGUCCCAAUCACCCAGGAUGAAAUGGCCCUUUCCCUUGGCUAUGCAGUGUCACUGGGGAAUCCCCCCCAGGAAGACGCCAUCACGGCCAGUCUGUCAAAAUGUGUGCCGAGCACCUGCGGUCCCACGCAGCAGCUGGAAAGUUCAUAUUCCCCUCAGAGGGCUAGCCAGGAUCUGGAUGAAACAACACAUUCGGACAUCUCUGAGAGACCUUCCAUGGAUGAUGUGGAAUCUGAAACCGGCUCAACAGGUGCUCUGGAGACCCGAAGCCUGAAAGACCACAAAGUGGGCUUCCUUCGAAGUGGCACCAAGCUCAUCUUCCGAAGGAAGAACAAGCAGAAGGAGGCAGGCCUCAGCCAGUCACACGAUGACUUGCCCAACACUGGCACAGCCUCUGCCCCCAGGAAGAAGUCUGGCAGCUUCUCCCGGCGCCUCAUCAAGCGCUUUUCCUUCAAGGGCCGGGCCAAGAACAAAGUCAGUGGGAGCACGGUGUCUGUGGAGAAGCCCUGAAGAGCUGCCACGUCGGCCUCUGUCUCGGAAGCCCCGCACCAUCAUCGAUGAAUGUCUGCUGCCUAUGCGUUGUGGCCCCAAUUCUUCUGCCCUCCUGCGCAAAGGGAGCAAAGGCCUUCAGGGGCCGGCUGGCUGGUGGUUGGGUUGGCUUGGGUUGGGAAAUCUUGCCAAUAGCACAGCCUCCUGGUGGAACGAGGGGUGCAACAGUAGCCCUCUGAGUAGCUGCUCUGAGCGCCCCUCUUUCAGCCUAGGUGGGGAAGGGGCAGCCCCUACAGCCACCUCCAGCCUGAAUCUGAAAUCCUGGGAGGGGUCACAGAGAAGGGUUUCGUGGUGGCUUAUCCAACAACCUCUGCUCUCCCUGCCAUGCACUGUUGAAAAAGCAGGGGCAAGCAGCUGGCCUCCUUGGCAUCUGCAGGGUUUGGUCAGGUUCAUGGGGACAUGACAAGUGGGGCAGGCAAGCCAGGCUGUUGGGCAUGCCAGGGGUUGCAGAGGCUCUCUACUUCCUCCGACCCGGCCUGCACUUGAGAAAGACAAGAAGGGUCUUGGUGGGCCUUGCUUGGGCUGCAAGAAGGGCGCGAGACAGUUUCCGAGCAGAAGCAGUUGCCUGGCUCUGCUUGUGCGAUCUCUUCCUUGACAGGCUGGGUUGCACAGAAUGGAGACGCCUUGCUGAGCUGCCCCAUAGCAGAGCACGGGAGAAAGGGGGCUCCUGCAGAGGACCACCUGCUUGACAGGGCACUGGAGGUUUCCCCCAAGAGGGAGAGACUGGACUGCACCCCUUUAAGGUCCAACUGGAUGCCACUUGUGACUCUGACUGGCAACGUGCAUGAAUUUUGGGAGGAUGCUUGCUGAGGCUGGGCUGGCCCCUCCCUGCAGGUUCCUGGAAACACAUUGGGGGUGGGGGAGGGAGGGAGCAACAAGGAGAUAUGCUCUUUGGUCACCCAGAAGUCAGGACACAGGUUUUUGGACAAUUCUGGAACAGGCUUGGCUGAGACCCGAAGCUUCUCAUUGGAAACUGCAACUGCCUGGGGGCAGUGUCAGAGGGAAUUCCGUGCAGGGGCGUCCCCUGUUUCCUAGUCCCAUUUCCUUGCUGCAAUUUGAAGCCUGCCCCGGUUCUCUGUCCAGCCACCCCACCCUCAGCUGGAUUUUCCUUUUGACUACUUGGGGCUGCAGGGCUGAGCGCUUGCUGUCCUGUUCUCGCCCCGUCAGCCCAACCCCUCAGGAAGACAAGCUUGUGGUGCUGCCUGCACCCAGAAAGCGAUCCUUGCAGCUUUCCCCAGGCAGAUCACAAUCCAUAGCUGCAAGGACAGCUGCCCCGCGUGUUGAAGUGCAAGGCUGGCUGGUCACAGGAGGCUCCAGCUUGGGGUGGCUGACUCGGCCUUGAGGUGGGAGAUCCAGGGCACCAAAGCUGCCUUGGGGGCAGAGGCUUGUCUUCCUGGGGAGAAGAGGAAGGUAUGCCCAGCUGGCACGAUGUAGUUUCCCCAGGGUGUUGGAGGAGCCAUUUGUAUCGGAGGGUGGUUUCCAUGCUUGUCCCUGGUGGUUGGGAUGGGGUGGGGGAGGAACAGUUUAAGCUGAAGUCAUUGGUACAAUUUGCUGUGAAGACAGGCUGUCCUACAUUUCUCUCCUGACCUGCUGGCUGCAACCCUGUAAUUUGACUUAAUCCUGUCCGAGUGUUGCAGAUAACUCUGUAUUAGCCGAUUUGCUACUUUUGCCAUGUUUGUCUAGUCAUGACAGAUUCCUUACAGAUUUACCUUUGAAACACAUGGUGUCCCAUUUUUGCAUUUCUAAGAGGGAUGAAGAUAAAGAAUUAGUCCUGCAUUCUGACUUCUGUGGAACUUGCUGCUUUGGUUUAGGAACAGAGUCCUCGUCUGUCUGAAGAGUGGAUGGUGGGGGGGAGG